GGCGAGAAUUCUUAAGGAGGGGUGUUGUCUUUGCGCGGAUCUCAAGUAUUAAUAACGUCCACAUGUUCCAAACUCUCACUCUCUCUCUUUCUCUCUCACUCUCCUCUAACGUUUCUUCUCCGUCUCCCUCUUCUUCUUCUUCUAUCGCUAAGAGAAUUGAAGAAAAAACGUUAUAAAUCAUGAAAGGCGGAGCUGUAGUGGAGGAUGGUUUCUGCUUCGAGGAAGAGACCCAUUUAACGGUGCUUAAGACCUCUCUGUUCUUCCCCGGCGAUGGUUUCUCCGUCUACGAUGGCAAAGGAGAGGUUCUUUUCCGAGUUGACUCUUACGGUCCCGACGAUCGUCUUCAAGACGAAAUCGUUCUCAUGAACGCCUCCGGCAAAUGCCUCCUCACCGUCCGACGAAAGAGACCGAGUCUUCACCACCGAUGGGAGGGAUUCUUGGGAGAGAGAUGUGAUGGAAUGAAAUCCAUUUUCAGUGUAAGGAGAUCGUCGAUCAUCGGACGGUCGAGUGUGACUGUUGAACUGUACGGGAAUCCCGGUGAAGAGUACCAGAUCGAGGGAUCGUUUUCUCAACGAUGUUGCAGGUUCUACAACACCACUUCGACUAAUGAUAUGAAGGAACCGGUGGCUGAGAUCCGAAGGAAAGUUGACUCGUCAACUCAUGUACUACUUGGGAAAGACGUAUUCUCACUCUCCCUCAAACCUGGUUUCGACGGUGCUUUCGCUAUGGGAUUAGUGCUUGUUCUUGAUAAGAUCAACGGUGAAUACGCUGAGGAUGGAGAUGUGACUGACCCCACUAAGGCUGAUGUACCAUCCUGAUUGGGUUCGUCCUGAGUCCUGACAUCUCUCUUUUGACGACUUAUGGCGAUGAAUGAUAAUUUUAGAUUCCGUAUUUGGUCGGUGUGGCGGAAUCUCUUCACCUAUUGUCCUCUCUUUGUUUUGAAUUUGCCUCUCAAAAUUUCUCUACUUUCUUUUUUUAGUAAUUUUGCUUUUAACUUAUUAUUCACUUUUUUCGAUCAUAUCAUUGUAUCAUAUGAUAUAUAAUUAGAUAACAUAUGUGUUUAGCAGAUUUUGUA